AUGUUAAUUUAUAUUAAUUAUGCAGGGUAUGUUAGUAUCUAAUCUUAGAUCUGAAGCACUUAGCUUAUUGAAUCAAAUGCAACCAAAAUUCAAGGAGGAAUCUGAUCUAAGAACAGAAGACUUAAUAUAUAAGAAAGCCACUGAAUAAUUAAAAUAAUAAAAGCCUUAUUUUGAGAAUAAUGAAGAAGAUAUUAAGAGUGAAGUUUCAUUUAGAGAAUUUUAUAAAAAUGUAAGAUCAGGUAAAGUUGAAGAUGAAGAAAUAAAUAUUGUAGAACCAGAACAUAAAGAAAUUGAGAUUUAAUCAUAUUUAUAAGAAUUAAGUGAUGGAUUAGAACCAUAAAAUGAAAAUAUUACAGAAACUCAACUUUAGACUGAUCCUGAAAAAUUAGGAAAAUUUAAAAAGUAUUUUAUAAAAGAUGAUGAAACUAAAUAAUAGAUUAAAAUAGAAACUAAUAUAGAAACAAAUUAAUAAAUUGAAAAGAAAAUGACAUUAAGAGAAAAAUUAGAAAUGAAAAAAAAAUAAGUAUAAUAACCAUAAAUUGUAGCUGCAAUCUAAAUUAAAUAAGAAACAAAUAAUCAAGAAUAAAUUAAUGAUUAGAAUAUUGGUAAAACUACAUUAAUCAAAAAAAUUGAAGAAUUUAAAAAAUUGAAAUAAUCAAAUGAAAUAUAAGAAACUUAAUAAGAAAAAGAAGAAAAUCUAUAAGAAUCAAAAAUAAAAACAGUACCUGAGAAUCCUUUAAGGAAACUCUUAAAUAAAAAAGCAGAAGAAAGAAAAGAAUAAUAACUUAAAUAAUAAGUUGAAUAAGAUAAAUUAUAAAUAUAGACACAAGAAGUUGAAAUAGAAUUACAAUAAGUAGAUGUUUAAGAUAUACACUAAAAUCAAAAUAUUAAUUAAUAGUAAAAUAUAGACAAUGAAUAAAAUUAAAAUUAAUCUUCUUAAUUUAAUGAUAAUUCUAUUAAUUUAUAAGAAUAAGAUAAUGAGGAUAAUAGAAAUUCAGAUGAAAAUACUAAUGAUGAAAGUGUUUAAUAAUAAUAAAAUGAAUCUGAAAUAGAUUCAAAUAUUUAUCCUUAAAUUUAGUAAGAUAAAUCAUAGAUUGAUAAUGAAUCUUAAAGUUUUUAAUAAGAUUCAGAGGAUAGUACUAUUUAAGAUUAGGAUCUAAAUUAAUAAUAAAUACUUAAAGAAGAGUAAAUUAAUUCUACUGAGGAUUAAUCAUAAUCUAGUAUUAACAAUAAAAAUUAUGAAUAAGAGAUAGAUAAUAUUAAUAAUGAUUAAAUGAAUUAAGAAAUUCAAUAAGAAUUAUAAGUAUCAGAGCAAUAACAACUUGAAGUAGAAUAAGUUUUGGAUGAAUAAUAGUAAUAAGAUAAUAAAGUUUAAGAUUAAUAAUAAUAAGUAGAUAAUUAAACUUAAGAUGAAUAAUAAUUAUAAGAUAAUUAAGGUUAAAAUGAAUAAUAAUUAUAAGAUAAUUAAGGUUAAAAUGAAUAAUAAUUAUAAGAUAAUUAAGUUUAGGAUGACUAAUAAUAAUAAGAUAAUAAAGUUUAAGAUGAAUAAUAAUUAUAAGAUAAUUAAGUUUAAGAUGACUAAUAAUCAGAUAAUUAAGUUUAAGAUUAAUAAUAAUUAUAAGAUAAUUAAGUUUAAAUUGAAUAAUAAUUAUAAGAUAAUUAAGUUUAAGAUGAAUCAUAAUUAUAAGAUAAUUAAGUUUAAGAUGAAUAAAAAUAAAUAGAUAAUUAAGUUUAAGAUGAAUAAUAAUAAAUUGAUUAAUAAAUAUAAGAUUAAUAGUUAGAAUUAGAUAAUUAAGCUCAAAAUUUUGAUAAUUUAACAUAAGACAAAUAAUAAGAUUUUGAGAAUUAAACCUAUGAUUAAUAAUAAGAUUUUGAUAAUUCAGUGUAAAAUGAAUAAAAAGAAGUUGAUAAUUAAACAUAAAAUGAAUAAUAAGUAUUUGAGGAUUAAAGUCAAGAUUAAUAAUAAGAAUUUGAUGAUAAAACUUAAGAUUAAGAAUUUGAUGAUUAAAUUCAAAAUUAAUAAUUUUAAGUAGAUCAUCAAAUAUAAGACUAAAUAGAAUAAUAAAAAGAAGAAUAACAAUAAUAAUAAGAAUAACAAUAAGAAUAAUAAGAAUAAUAAUAAGUAUAAGAAUAAGAAUAAGAAUAAGAAUAAUAAUAAGUAUAAGAAUAAGAAUAAGUAUAAGAAUAAGUAGAUGAUUAAGCAAAUAAUGAAUUAUAAGAAUUAAAUAAUUAAACUUAAAAUGAAUAGAUAGAUGAAUAAAAUGGUGAUAAUUAAAAUGAAUAAAUAAUUAUUGACCAAUAAAAAUAAGAAAAUGAAUAAGAAGUAACAAUCAAUUAAUAAGAGAAUAAUGAAAUUGAAAAUGAAUAGAAAGUGGAAAAUACAUUUUCAGAAGGUUUUGUGAUGGAAAAUAAUGUAGAAAAUUCAGAUUAUCUUGAAGAUGUGCAAGAAGCUGAAAAAUUAAAAAAGAAGAGAUAAGUUGAAGAUAUGAUUGAAGAAGAAGAAAGAAUAAAAUAAGAAUUAGAAUAAAAAGAAUUAGAAGAUGAGAAAAAACUUAAUGAAUUAUAAGAAGAAGAGAAACUUUUGAUUAAUCAAAAAGAAUAAGAAUAAUAAGAAAUUGAAGAAGUUUAAAAAUAAAUUGAUUAAGAUUAAAAUUAAUUAUAAGAUUUUAAAUAGGGAUAGAAUGAUUAAUAAGAAUUUUAAGAUGAAAAAUAAAAAUAAGAAGAUACUUUAGAAGUAUAACCUAUGUAAGAAGCAUUACAAGAAGAUUUAAAUGUUUAAACAGAUGAUAUACCCUAAUAAAAUCAAAUUGAUUAAUAAUAAAAUGAAAGCUAAGCAGAAUAGACUGUUAAAAAAGAAGAAAAAAUUGAGCCAUUAGAAAUUAAACCAGCUGAUGGUAGUAUUUAAUUACAAGAUGAAACGCUAGAAAAUGGGUUUAAUAUUGAUGAAUAUCAAAGAUUACAACAUAAAAAUGAAGAAAAAUCUGAAUAGAAUGCUUCUAAUUAUUCAUAAAGUAGUGAAUUAUUUCAUAAAAAUGAUUACAUAACUUAAAUUAUAAAUGAUUAAUAAGAAUAAGUGAUUCAAUAAUCAGUACCAAUAUUAUCAAUUGAUGAAUAAAGUGAUUUAAACAAAUAAGAUAUUUAAUAAUAACCAUAGGUCUAAAUAACUUAAGAAAUUUCAUCAGAUGAUUUAUUAAAUACUACAGAUGAAGAGUUAAAUGCAUUAAACAACUAAGUAAAAGAUUAAGAAGCAUUUAAUGAUUAGAAUAAUAUCUAAAAAGAUAAUUAAAUAAUAGAGGAAAAGAAUUCUAAUCCAGAUUAAUUUGACUAUACUGAAUAAAAAGAUUAAUCUAUGUAUUUAGAUAAUCAAAUAGAAAAUUCAAAUGAAAUUGAUAAUCAAUUAGAUAAUGAAUUAGAUUAAUAAUUAAAUCAAUAAAAGAUUUAAAAUUAGGAAGAUGAUACUCCUUUAUUAAUUCCUGUAGAUGAAGUAGAAAAUUAAAAUACAACUUAUUAAAUUGAUCUAAAAGUUGAUAAUGAAGUUGUUUAAUCUGAUAUUACUAAUUAAUUAGAUAUAAUUAAUGAUGAUUAAUAAUAAAUAGAUAAAAUAAAUAAUGAAUUUCAAUUAAAAUCUGAAGAAAUGGUUUAAAAACAAAAUCAAGAUAAAUCAAAUAUUCUUACAGCCAAUAAACUUCAUUCAAUUUCAUAAUUAUAAUAAGAAAUGAAAACGGAUGAUACAAUUAAAAUAUAAUCAAAAAAGAAUUUAUUAGAUAAAAAAUAAGAAUAAUCAAUUUAACAGAAUAAAUUAAUCCAUUAAAAGAGAAAAUAAAAUAGUUUUUUGGAAUAGGAAGAAAAUGAGAUAGAUUAAGAUGAAAAAUAGUUUAAAAUAUUAAUGUCUUAAAAGAAAUAGCAAUAAUAAUAGGAUAAAGAGAAAAAAAGAAGAAAGUUAAAAGCUAGGUAAGAAAAAUAAAGAAAGUUAGAAGAAGAAUAAUUUUAGUAGAAAUUAAUAUAAUAAAAAUAAUAAUAAGAAAUUUUAAAAUAAUAAUAAUAAUUGAUUGAAUUACAAAAUUAAUAAUUAUUAAAUAAAUAAAAAUAUAAGAUAGCUACUAAAUAAUAAAAUAAUUAAGUUAUUUUAGAUAGUAAACCUAUAAAAGGAGAUAAUUUUAUUCAUUUACAAAAAUAAUAAUCAUAAAUCUAAAUAUUAAAUUAAUAAAUUGAUACGGAAUUUUCAUUUUAAUAGAUUCUAUCAAAAGUUGAAAAGGAAGAGAGAUAAGGAUAAAAAUAAUUAAGAAGUAAUAAUAAACAUGUCAAAAAUACUGAUUUAAAUUUCUUUUAAUUAACAGAAAGUAUAUAUUUUAAUAAUAAUAAUUAGAAUAAUAAUAAAAUAAGAUUUCCUUAUAAUCUUAAGAUUUAUUUGAAGCUAUUAAAUAAGAGAUUAAAGAAUGUGAUUUAAAUAAUUACACUAUUAAUUUGUGUUAAUUAUGUUAAAGUGAUGUUGUAUAUGAAAUAAAUGAUGAUAAUUGGUAUCUAAUAGGAAUAGCAUAUGGAUUAAAGUAUAAAAAUUAAUUAAUUAUUACAAAGGAGACAUUUUUAAAAUCUUUUGAACACUGUACAAUAUCAUUUCAAAAACUCUAAGAUAUAUACAUCAUUUAAUAAAGAAUAAUAAGUUUGUCUCACAUUUGGAGAUUAAUUUGAAAUUGAAAAUUUAGAAGAAAUUCUUAUCUAUUAUAAUAAUCAAACAAUCCCUAAGAAUUCUUAAUUUUUAAGGAUUCCUUAAAAAGUAAUUUAAAUUAUUAAUAUUUUAUCUAGAUUAGAGCUAAUUUUGCUCAAAUGAAAGUUGAUUUGAACUAACAUAAAUUUAUGAAUUUUAGUUUGAAUGCAGCAAUCAAAAAUUAAGAAAACUAUAAUGGAUUUACUGUAGUAGAAUAAUAUAUUAAGAUUUCAAAUGAUUUCGAUUACUCUUAAUAUGGAAGUAUCUUAUAUCCUGGAUAAUCUAUUCCAUAUAAAUUGAAUGUAUAAUCUAAUGGAAUAGAAAAUAUGUAAUUGGAUUUGAAUCCAUAAAUAUAUGAAAAAGUCUUAGAAAACUUUUUAGCAAAGAAUUAUUUGCAAUAGAUUUAAGUUACAUAUAGAGACAACUUAAAUAGUAAUUUUUUAGUGGUAGAUAAUGAUGAAAUCAUAGAAAUUGAGAUUACAAUAUAAAAAUGA